AUGGCUGUUCAAGCAUCAUCCACUGCUGUCGACUUGCAUGGCCAUGCUGUCCAGGAAGGAGAGCCCCAAUCCCGAGGCGAGAAGCCUGCGGUCCCCGAACCAGGCUCUGAUGAUGAUUUCAUGCACGCAUCUCGUCUAGCUGAUGCCGAAGUCCCCGACGGAGGCUACGGCUGGGUUGUCAUCUCGGCCUGUGCAGUUUUGACUUGGUGGUUUAUCGGAACAGCCUACUGCUGGGGAAUUUUCCAAGCCGCUUUGGUCAAAGAAGGACUCUCGUCGUCGUCUACUCUUGCUUUUGUGGGCUCCCUAGCUGCGGCUUGCAUCUCUAUUUUCGGGAUCAUGAAUGCCAGGGUUAUUCGAAGACUGGGGACCCAGACCUCAGCCCUUUUGGGUAUUUUCUUGGUUGGCUUGGGGGAGGUACUGAGCGGCUUCACUACCAAGAACAUCGGUGGCCUUUUUGUCACGGCAGGUCUUAAUCUAGGAGUCGGAACUAGCCUCUGUUUCAUGGUCGUCUCCAUUAUUCCUGCGCAAUACUUCAAGAACAAACGAGGGAUAGCCGGUGGAAUUGUCUAUGCAGCUGGCGGGCUUGGAGGUGCUGCUAUCAGCUUUAUUCUGGAUGCUCUUAUUGGAAGUGUCGGAAUUGAAUGGACGUUCAGAAUUCUCGGAUUUAUGACAUGGGGCACAGGUCUGCCAGCAGCAUUUUUGAUCAAGCAAAGGAUAGCAAUUCCUCCCACUGCAUUCAUUGACUUGAACUUACUUCGCAAUGCUCGCUUCCUCCUCCUCUUCGCUACCGGAGCUAUCGCCACAUUUCCUCUCCUAGUCCCGCCGUUUUUCUUACCUCUGUACGCCGACUCGAUCGGACUAUCCACAAAUGCUGGGGCGGGAAUGGUCGCCGCAUUCAACUUUGCUUCGGCAGUUGGGAGAUUACUCUGUGGAGCUUGUUGUGAUCUCCUAGGGCCGGUCAAUACGCUCUUCGUAUCCAUCUUGCUCAGUGGCGUGAGCAUGAUCGUCAUUUGGCCAUUCUCUACAUCGAUCGGUCCCUUGGUUGUUUUCGUGAUCAUCAAUGGGAUGGCAAAUGGUGGUUUCUUCUCAACAAUGCCCACUGUGGUCGGAACAGUGUUUGGCUCCGCUAGAGUGUCUGUUGCGAUGGGAAUGACUGUAACCGGGUGGGUUGGGGGGUAUCUGCUUGUAAGUUUUUUUUUGUUCCUGGUUAUUUGCGGUCUCGGGAUUUCGGAUUGA